AGCAUUUACGAACGGGACCGCGAGCCGCGCUUGUAAACAGUCCGCCGCGCUGGGACGGUCGGCGGCCGCGCGCUCUGUCACGGUGAGGCGGGCUUGCCUGAGGGCGAGCUCCGGCCGGGAGUAGGCUGAGGGCCCCGCAGCUGAGGGGAGAGCCCCGGCCGGCGGCCAGGAAAUCAAGGAUUGCAUGGCAUUGCUUUGACAAGCACUUCCUGUUAUCUUUACGGAGAUCUCAAUGAAGAAUAAUCUCGAAGGAGCAUUUGUCUUCCUGUACUUCUGCUAAUGGCCAUUAGCUGCUAGCAAAUGCUUUUAAUGACUGAAAAAACAUCAACUAUACUUGUGCUCGGCCUGCUCUAGGCAGUCAAAUGAAGGUUUCUUUCAGUUGUUUUGGAACUCUAUUGCUGAAGCACAGCUCUCUUUGUUGGGUGAAUGAGUGUUCAUGAAGCCCUUUCCUGAACCAGUAGAGGAGCCUUAGGCUUCCUGAAGCCUGCAACAUGGAAGCUUUGGAAGUGGAUGAUAUCAGCCCAGCCUUGGAAGUUACUGAAGAUUUCUUUAGUACUUUUGACAGUAAGCUAGAAAAGGCUGUGCAGCAAGCCGAGGUUUAUGGGAUUCAGGAAGUCCCUGAAUUGGUGGGGCACGAGGUACUCACUAACAUAACGGACAAUGGUGCUAUCAGACAUGUUGCGUCCCUGGGCAAGGGGGGCCUGCUUUGGGACCACUGUAAGAGCAGGCUCUUAGAAACCAAAGCUCAGAAUGUCUUCCCUGCCAAAGAACAGUUUAUGGUUCAGAAAGGGACAGCCCCAGAUAAUCUUUCCUGGAUGGAACAAAAGGAAGCAUCGACCUUUAACUUUUUCAACGUGUGUCAGCGUCGGAGGGACAGGCCUCGUUCCGUCAAUGACUUAUUGGAUGAGACCUCUACUUUUAAGCCGGGUCAUGCUCGGUCAAGGUCAGAUGUCACCCAGGUGGACUGGAGGCUAGUCCUCCAAACCAUGCCUCUGCAGCAGCAGCCACCGUGUCUCCGGGGCCCUCAUUUCACCAGGCCCGCUUUUCUGUCGUCCUCACCAAAUAAGGUCGAAGAUGCUCAAGGGAAUACUGAACACAAGCAGGCAUUCCCAAACAUUCUGAAGAAGGGGUACCUGGAGAUUAGGAAGGACCAUGACAGUUACUGGCAAAGCUGUUACGCAGAGCUCUCCCCGUACAACUUGUACUUCUACAGCCUCGACAGCAGUGGCAAUCAAGCCCUCUAUGCCACCUACCAGCUUUCACACUUCCAGAGCAUAUCUGUUUUGGGCAACCUCGAGGCCAGGCUGGUGGAUACCGUUCUGUAUGACAACACUCAGCUGCAGUUAAAGGCAGAAUCACCAUGGGAGGCUUUGGACUGGGGGCAGAAGCUUUGGGAAGUCGUGCACGCCGCCGUGCCUGGUUAUGUGGGGCGGCAGGAUGAGCUGGCCAACUCACCCGGACUUGGUCAUCACGUUGACUGUACACAGAAUCACUGUUUACAGAAGAAAUCCAGUGAGCUGCUCGCACCAUCCCCUGUCUUGGAUAGCCCCAAACAAUACGAAAACAUUAUCAAGUCAGGGACGCUAUACAGGCUCACUGUCCAGAACAACUGGAAGGCAUUUACUUUCGUGCUGAGCAGAGCCUACCUUAUGGCUUUCCAGCCUGGCAAGCUAGAUGAGGACCCCCUGCUAAGCUACCAUGUGGACGUGUGUCUGGCUGUCCAGGUGGACAACCUGGACGACUGUGACUCUUGCUUUCAAGUCAUCUUCCCCCAAGAUGUGCUCCGCCUCCGCGCAGAGACCCGGCAGAGGGCCGAGGAGUGGAUGGAGGCUCUGAAAACAGCAGCCAAUGUGGCGAGGAGUUCAGAGCAAAACCUGCAAGUCACCCUGAGAAGCAAACCCAAGGAUCAGAUGGGUGGGCACGAGCUCAGGAAGAACAAACGUCAGUCUGUGACCACCAGCUUCCUCAGCAUUCUCACAACUUUGUCUUUGGAGCGAGGACUCACUGCUCAGAGUUUCAAAUGUGCAGGAUGUCAGCGAUCCAUAGGUCUCUCCAGUGGGAAGGCCAAGGUGUGCAGUUACAGUGGGUGGUAUUACUGCAGUGGCUGCCACGUGGACGACAGUUUCCUCAUCCCGGCACGCAUAGUCCACAACUGGGAUACUUCAAAGUACAAGGUAUCGAAGCAGGCCAAAGAGUUUCUGGAGUACGUGUACGAAGAGCCCCUGAUCGACAUCCAGCAGGAGAACCCCAUGCUGUACCUGCACGCUGAGCCACUGGCCACCGUGGUGCGGCUGCGGCAGCGGCUGAAAUCUCUGCGAGCCUACCUGUUCAGCUGCCGGGCCGCCGUGGCCGAGGACCUGCGCCGCAGAAUUUUCCCCAGAGAAUACCUCCUUCAACAGAUCCACCUGUAUUCCCUCGCUGAUCUGCAGCAGGUGAUAGAGGGGAAGCUGGCUCCAUUCUUGGGCAAGGUCAUUAAAUUUGCCACCUCACACGUGUACAGCUGCAGUCUUUGUAGCCAGAAGGGGUUCAUCUGUGAAAUCUGUAACAAUGGAGAGAUCCUCUACCCUUUUGAAGAUAUUUCAACAAGCAGAAUACCACAUUAUAUGUAGUUGUGACAUCUCCCUAGGCUCUUCUUGACUGACAAUUUCUCACACUUUGUUGUUAGGACAUUGACAGUUUUGAGGAGGACUAGUCAAGCAUUUUGUGGAAUCCUUCUGUGGGGAUGGACUUAAUGUUUUUCUUAUGAACAGACUGGGCUUUACGGGCUUGGGGAGGAAGACCACAGACACAAAGUGCCAUUCUCGUGAUCCCAUCAGACCACGGGCACAUAAUGUCAGCGUGACUUACCACUGCAGUGUUUGUGUCCGGUGUCUCCACGGUAGGAUCUCUUCCCCUCCCCACCUUUUCCAUAUUAUCCAACACUUAAAGAGUGAAGGUUAUGCUCCAGUUCCCUCAGGAGUGGAGUUUAUACAAAGUUAUUUGGAAUUCUGCCUGUGUGAUUUGUCUCUUCUUCCCAUUUAUUUUUUCAAAGUAUUUCUUUGUACCAGCAUGGACACAUGCAUAUUUAUUUUACAUUUUGGGUUAUAAUCCAAGAUUACUUAAUUUGUUUCUCACACUAUUCUAGCUUUGGCCAUCCAGCUCUUGUAGCUGGCUCCUGCAUCACUUUGAUAUACUCAAAUCAUUGUGCGGUUUUUUAUUUUGUACUUUCUCGUGCUACCAGAUGGCCCAGCCUCAUCAUAUAUAUUUCUUGCCCUAAUCCUAGAAGUAGCCAUUUCACCAAGGAGCCCAGGUUCCUUUUAUUGGAGAUGAAACCAACAUGAGUUGCUAGGUUGCACACACAUUUUUCAAGGCCCUCGGUCCCAGGAUUCAUCCCAUGACUAAGGGAAAGAUGCUUCCCUCUGACUACAUAUCAGAAUCUCCUGUGAGACUUAUUGGAUUUUUUUUUAAUACUCUGAGAAUCUGUCUUCAAACGUGCCCACAUGUGAUUCCGCAUCACAGCCAGAAGAAUCACUCCUCUAAGAUAGCUGUGACCAUGGGCAGAGGUGCCAGAUUCUUAUUACCAGAAUGACCACAUUAGUACAUCUGUGGAUUGAGGGAAUCCUUUACCCAGCAGGAAGGAAUAUGUCACUGUUCAGAAUGUUCUGUUUCUCUCUUGGUCAAAUGCAGCUCUCUAAGCUUGGACAAAUGUCUAAGAGCAAAGGAGUCCUCACCAGCCUCCCUGGCAUUCCAGAUUUGAUAAUACUUUCCAGGAACUCAUUGAUCUUUUUCUUGGUGUUCAGUUUCCAGUUAAACACAGGGAAAAGUUUGUGCAAGUCUCUGGGAAGGGACAAAAAUAAACACUAAUAAAAGAUUUAUUAAAGGAAAAAUUUUAAUCAGAAGUUGAGUUGCAGGGCC